AUGGAUGUCAAUAACUUGUUUGAAAGCCUCAAAGUGGAUCUCACCUGUCACAUGUGUUUGGGCUAUUUCCAUGAUCCAGUGAUUGUCAAAUGUGGCCAUAGCUUCUGCAAAGAGUGUCUUCUCAGCUGCUGGAAUCAAGACCACACACAAGUAACCUGCCCAAUUUGCAAGUCAAUCCUUGUAUUUGGAGAAUUUGGGUACAAUAGGAGGCUGCUGGAUCUGGCUAUCAUUGGCAAAAUGCUUAGACCUCACUUACUCCAGAGCACCAGGGACCUGAGCACCUGUGACAAACAUGGGAAAGAAGAGACCUGGUUCUGUGAGGAGGACCACAGACCCUUGCAUGGGCCUUGCUUUUUAAGCACAGAGCACAAGGAGCACAAAGUCCUUCCCUUGCAAAGGGCUGCUAGUCAGUGUAUGGGGGAAAAACAGCUACAUUUACAAAGACUGGACCAGCAACUAAAGGACAACUUGGCAAAGUUUGAGGAGAGCAAGGGAAAAAUAACCCAACAAAUUCACGAUCUGGAAAUGGUCAUUUCAGAAAUAAAUAAAACUUUUGAAAAGCUUCCCACUGAUGUGCUCCAGGAUGCUAAAGGCACAUUGGAAAGGAAUGAGGAGCUAUUUCGUCAAAAUCCAGUAGUUGCUUCACCCAGAUGGACCAUGGACCCCAUCCCUGGCAUGAGAGAAAUGCUGCUGACUUUCCAAAGGGAUAUCACUCUGGAUCCUGAAACUGCCAAUCCUCAUCUCAUCCUGUCUGAUGAACUGAAGAGCGUUAAAUAUGUUUCUGUCCCACAGGAUGUGCCUGACAAUCCAAAAAGAUUUGACUUUGCUCUCCGUGUCUUGGCUACCCAGAGCUUCACCUCAGGGAAACACUACUGGGAAGUAGAGGUGGAGAAUAAAACAGAGUGGGAGGUGGGGCUCUGCAGAGAGUCGAUCGGAAGGAAGGGCAAUGUUCAUAAGCAACCUGGGGAUACAUGUAGCCUUGUCGCAUUUGCAUUUGGGAAUACUUUUCACCUCUUGUGUUCAAAUCAUCCUGUUCCUCUAAACCAACCAAUGCAUAAGGUGGGCAUUUUCCUUGAUUAUGAAAGAGGCCAUAUAGCAUUUUAUAAUGCUACAGAUGGAACUUUGAUUUACAGUCCCCCAAAUGAUGAUUUUCAAGGGGCUCUUUGGCCUUGCUUCUCUCCUUGCUUUUGA